UAUAGAAACCACAGACAUUACAAGUUAAAUGGAUGGAAACAAAUAUGUUGUAAUGCGGAAAACAUUUCUACAGGGCGAAGUAACCCAAAGUGUGCCGGGGUGACACGAGAAACUUUGGUCUUGAAUAAAUGUGUCUUUUUUCUAUUGUUAUGGCACACUUCUGAAACUCUGUCGUCCUCAUGGCGAGAUCUGCUUGCCAGCUCCACCUCAAUCACUGCGCUUUCUUUCCUUCAUUCUGCCUUUUCUUUUCUUUUCAGGGAUGUACAGCCGUGGGGCGAGGAGGGGUGGCUGGAGUUUGGAGAGGGUGGGGGCCACAGGCUGAGGUGGGCUGCAAGGGGCCAGUCAGUGUUCUCAGAGUCACAGACAUAGCAUACACACACACACACAAGGAGCUGCGCCUCCCACACACCCGCGCAGCAACUCACACACAGUCAGACGAAGAGCAAAGUGGAUGUGUGCAGCAGCAUUACCGCGUCCUGAUGCUUUCUCCGAGGCGCUGAAAACGCACAGAAAAGGGGAAGUGCGGGUUCCUCGACUUUAUAUGCAUUUUUGCUUGAAAUCUAUGCACAGCAUCUGAGGAUUUAUCAUGCUUUAAUUAACAUCGAACAAUCCACCAGCCAGUUUUCUCUCUGCGUGGAAUAAGUACUUUGCGCACGGCUUCGAAGAUGGGAACAACUAAAUACUCCAGCGACAGGAAUGUACUGUUUUGCAAGACGCUUCUGAAACUUCUGCUUCUGGCGGCCGUGGCGCACAACGUUUCGGGGAAGACUUUAAAAUACAAAGUUUUGGAGGAGCAGAGAGUUGGCACGGUGAUCGCCAGACUGAAAGAGGAUGUAGCCGGUAUCUUAUCCAAACUCCCGAGCUCAGUGUCCCCGCGGUUCCGCGCGAUGCAGAGAGGCAGCACCCCUCUGCUCUCCGUGCGUGAGGAGGACGGAGAGAUCAGCAUCGCCACCAAAAUCGACCGCGAGAAGCUCUGCGAGAAAAACUUAAACUGCACUAUCGAGUUCGACGUGAUCACGCUACCCACGGAAUACCUCCAGCUGUUUCACAUUCAAGUGGAAGUGUUGGACAUCAACGACAACGCUCCGCAGUUUUCGCGCGCCAUCAUCCCCAUAGAGAUAUCAGAGAGCGCGUCUGUGGGCACUCGCUUCCCUUUGGAUAGCGCGCUGGACCCGGAUGUCGGGGAAAACGCGCUACAUACCUACUCGCUCACUCGGAAUAACUUUUUCAAAAUCGAUAUCAGGACGCGUACGGAUGGCGCAAAGUACGCGGACCUUGUUGUGAUGAGGGAACUGGACAGGGAAACACAGUCCAGCUACCAACUACAACUCACAGCGUCAGACUCUGGCGUGCCCCCGAAAUCUGGCUCAACUCUGCUCAAAAUCAGCAUAUCUGAUUCCAACGAUAAUAGUCCGGCAUUUGACGAGCAGGCUUAUGUGGUCAACCUCCUGGAAAAUUCACCACUGGGGACGCUACUGGUGGACCUGAACGCCACAGACCCGGAUGAAGGCAAUAAUGGCAAAAUAGUGUACUCUUUCAGCAGCCACGUGCCUCCCAAAAUCCUAGAGACCUUUAAAAUUAACCCAGAUAAUGGCCACAUCACUCUAAUUAAGAAAGUUGAUUACGAAACUACUUCUUCAUACGAAAUAGAUGUGCAAGCUCAAGACAUGGGUCCCAACUCCAUUCCAGGCCACUGUAAAAUAAUCAUCAAAGUGGUUGAUGUCAACGACAACAAGCCAAAAAUCAACAUCAACCUUAUGACUCAGGGCAAAGAGGAGGUGGCCUACAUCUCAGAGGCCUCCCCUGUCGAUACCUUCAUCGCAUUAGUGCGCGUCGAUGACAGCGACUCAGGUCUAAACGGUGAGGUAGUGUGCCGUCUCCAUGGCCAUGGGCAUUUUCGCCUGCAGAAAACCUACGAGAACAACUACAUGAUUCUCACUAACGUGUCUCUGGACCGUGAGAAACGCUCUGAAUACAGUCUGACGGUAAUUGCAGAAGACCGCGGAUCACCAAGUCUAUCCACCAUCAAACACUUCACUGUGCAGGUGCAAGAUGAAAACGACAACCCUCCACGUUUCGAAAAGAGCCGAUAUGAAAUCUUCAAGUCUGAGAACAAUUCGCCAGGGGCUUAUCUGACGUCAGUGGUGGCCACCGACCCAGAUUUGGGCUCUAAUGGUCAGGUGACCUACUCAGUUGUGGAUAGCCAGGUCCAAGGUAGCCCUAUUUCAACUUAUGUGACCGUUGACCCAUCUAACGGAGCUGUGUAUGCUCUCCGAAGCUUUGAUCGUGAAGAUAUCGGCCGGCUUUCGUUCACCGUGCAGGCGCGGGAUGGUGCAGGCCCAGCUUCUCUAAGCAGCAACACCACUGUUUUGCUCACUGUACUAGAUGAAAAUGACAACCCACCUAUCAUUGUUGCUCCACAACUGAUCAACCACACAGCUGAGGUGCCACUAUGGCGGCACGCCGAGCCUGGUCAUCUGGUGACAAUCAUCAAGGCGACAGAUUGUGAUGCAGGGGCCAACAGCGAGCUGACUUGCUCCAUCGUCGGCGGUAAUGACGAGGGACUCUUUGUCAUUGAACCACGCAGAUGUGAGUUACGAACCAACGGAAGCGUGGAGGCCUCGGGCCGUGAGGGAUUUGAUCUCGCAAUCCUGGUGCAAGACAGAGGGGCGUCGAUUCGUCUCUCAGCGAGGGCCGUUCUGCACAUUAGCCUGCGGGACUAUCCAGAAAGCUACUCCUUGAACCCUUCAGACAUGAACAACCAGUCGACUCUGGACGUGUCUAUGAUCAUCAUCAUCUCCCUCGGUGCCAUCUGUGGCGUGCUCCUCAUUGUCAUGGUGAUGUUCGCAACCAGGUGCUCCAGAGAGCAAAAAGACCCUAGGCAUUCUUAUAACUGCAGAGUGGCUGAGUCUACCUACCAAAACCAUCCUAAAAAACCUGCUCGACAGAUCCACAAAGGCGAUAUCACAUUGGUCCCCACUGUUAAUGGAACCCUGCCUGUGAGGGCCCAUCCUCGAUCCCCUUCAGCCUCACCUGCUCCAGAGAGCCGCCAGAGCCACCACAGCCGCCAAUCACUCAACAGCCUGGUCACCAUCUCCUCCAAUCACGUGCCGGAGAACUUCGCUCUAGAACUUGCUCAUGCCACACCACCAGUUGAGCAAGUCUCACAGCUUCUGUCCAUACUUCAUCAGGGCCAGUACCAACCCAGACCCAGUUUCCGUGGCAACAAAUACACCCGGAGCUACAGGUAUGCUUUGAAUGAAAUGGAUAAGUUCAGUCUGAAGGACAGUGGACGAGGUGAUAGCGAGGCAGGAGACAGCGAUUGUGAGAUGGGGAGGGAGUCUCCUCUGCUUGGAGAAGGCUUCAGUGAGCUCUUCACACCUGAUGGACAUCACCGACUGCAUCCAACAAUGAAGCUGUGCACUGAAGAGUGUCGUGUCCUCGGUCACUCUGACCAGUGCUGGAUGCCCCCGUUGCCUUCCCCAGCCUCCUCUGAUUACCGCAGCAACCUCUACAUCCCCGGUGAAGACCCUCAACAGAAAGCCGCCCCUGAAGCACCACAAUCCGGUGAGUCGACACUGAGAAAGAAGAGCUUCUCCACAUUCGGCAAGGAGAGCGAGGAGGGCGAGGGCGAGGGCGAGGCAGGUGAUGGGGAAGACCUGUGCGGAACGACUUCUCUGCUGUCGGAAAUGAACAGCGUGUUCCAAAGGCUCCUCCCCUCCUCGCUGGAUAAUUACAACGAGACUAAUGAAACAGAAAAGGUAACAGCAUGUGCUACCGGGGUGGGAUCGUUGGAAAGAAGGAAGGGCCACUUACCUGGUAAACCAAGCCCUGCCACUUAUCAGCAGAACGUGGCUGUUUGGGCCGCCAAUACGCAUUUCCAAAAUCCCGGACAUGGCCACGCCCCUGCUAGUCACAUGACAGCCCUGGUGGCUCCGCUCCCCGCCCCUCUGCCAGCUCCUGUGCCAGCAUCAGCUUCCUCUUCAAAAUGGCUGCCCGCAAUGGAGGAGAUUCCUGAGAAUCACGAGGAAGACGAGUUAGAGUCUGUGCUCGGGCAUCUGCACGGCAAGCGCUGCGACAGUCGCAGCGAAAUUAUGGACGCCAGCGAGCUGGUUGCAGAAAUUAACAAACUCCUUCAAGAUGUCAGGCAAAGCUAAAGACUAAAGCUUACACUCUUACUCCCGCUCUGUACAAUAAAGUAAAACAUUUUUAUAUGAGAGCGCGGAGGAGGAGGAAGAUAGGAAUUGAAAACAAAAACAGGAAUCACAGAGACCUGCAAUUGUCGUUAAAGUUGCAUUUCUGGAUGUAAUGUGUUUUGUGAAUGCUAAUUAUCCAAAUGAUGUUUGUAUUUUCUGGUUUUUGGCCACAGUGUACACAAUGUGAGUGUAUUUAUCUUUGUAUUUUAAAAAUACAAUUUGUAGUCUUUAUAUUUAUAUAUGUGUAUAUACCUAAGUUAAAAAUGUACAUAAGGCUAUCAGAUUUCUAUUUUUAUAUAUGCAUGUUGGGAAAGUAAUCAAAAUCAACAUGCCUUGGUGUAAAUAUUCUUAUUUAUGAAAAA